CGAAUAAGUACUAAACGCUCAAGCCUUCCAUUUGCGAAAACUGACCUGUAAGUGCCAUUGGAUAUCUCCAGCACUCAAGCGAAGCACCAACUCACCGGCCCGCCCGCUCGUCCCGUAGCAGUCGUCGGUGGCAUCACCUCGCCGUGUCUCUACCUGCGCCCCCAGAGCAGCAGCAAACUCCAACGAUGGUCAUGGAAUCAUACGAGGAACCCGAGAUAUCUUCGGAAACAAAGACGGACAGCAACGGCGCCGCAAUUCGGUUUGAGCGGCGUAUCACAGCUGCGGCCGGCGAAAGCGUGACCGCCCCGCCGCCAGCCAAGGAUGACUCCGUGAAUCCGGAUGGCGGCGAGCUCGGUCUCGGGCCUGGGGCCGCAGAAAGAAGAGACGAGGAGGAGGAGGAACAUCCCGAGGAUCUGCUCACCGCCGAAGAACCCAAGAUCGAAACUGUAGCCCCCGCCAACGAGGAUUUGGAACCAGAGGCGGCCAAACCGCCGCCUAAACAAAAAACUGGAACUGUUAUGUUUCGCGACAUACCCUCUCCGUUAGACCCCAGGAUUAGCUACGACUUGAGGUAUUCGGAUCCUCGGGAAUGGGAGAAGGAACAGACGUUUCAAUCCAUGGGUCUAAAGAUCCGGGCAGCCACUAAAUACGUCGAGUAUAUCCAGCAUCUCGAGGACAGACUGAAUGCAGUUGAAACAACCCAGGCAGGCUUGCCUUCCAAGUCGGAAGAAGUAGUUGCAGUAGAAGAGGCUUCUCCUGGGGGUGAUGAAGGCACGGCAGAAGAAGCACCGAAGAAUACAGUCGUGGGCGAUAUCCAGUAUCACGUCGAUUACCUAAGCUCCAGAUAUUCAGGAGCCAGUAUCCACGCCACCGUUCCAGGAGAAGAGGCGUCAUUCGAACCGCAGGGGGAGCAAGACGUGAAAGAUGUUCUGCAUGCGAUCGAGGUUCGAAAGAAGAUAUACGUGCGUGAUAUUAGGAGAUGGGUUGGGUUCGAGGCGAUACCGUCUCAGAUCGUGAUCAACUCUCCGUAUCUCGCCAACGCCAUCAGGACCAUAGUCAAAUACUAUCCUAACGAAUCACUGACCGACGACAACCUGAUAUUCUCCGAACCAUACCCAUUACUUUACCAUCACUUUUCCGACCUGGAAAAUUAUGCGACGCUGUAUCCCCAGCACGACGAUAUGGAAACCAGAGUCGAGCACAUCAAUCUCCUUCUCGGUUUUCUACGGAAGUCUGUGCUGCCGGCUUGGGAGACGGAGAAGGCACUUCAUAAUGAUCCGGUGCCAAGAUGUAGCUUCCAUAACCUUUGGAUGAUCUUCAAGCCCGGAGACGACGUAAUCACCAACCAGACUCACGAUUUUCCUAGAGGGAUGGUGGUCAGAGCUGUAGCCCUCAGUGACUCGUACUACGAGAAAGCGAACGUUUACAAUAUUGAGUGUUGGUACAUCGAGUAUGACGGGAAUAAAUGGGGCAGGUGCACCCAGAUGUUCUGGAUCCCUUACUUCAAGGACCCGCGAGAGAUUCAAUCACUGGAGAUCUAUCCUGUUAGAUAUCACAAAGAUAGGACUGAAGGAAAAAGCUUGGUGAAGGAGUUGGAAGAGCGUGGAAACAAGAUGUUUGAACUCCAUAGGAGAUCUCCAUUGCAUAUCGAGUACAAUGGCAACACUUUUGCGUACGAGUAUCACCCACCACUCCACGUCGAAAGCCGAUGUGUUAUUGAUUCCGCAAGCUAUCACCGAUACGAGCUUUCUUUCCCGGGAUUUGAAGACGAGAAGCUGAAGGAGAACAACAAGGCAAGCUGCGACUGCAGGCAGUGCCGCAAUGACUCGGGCACCAAAUUCGCCGACCCUGGGGGGAAGGAACCCUUUUUUGGAUACGAAAGCUUGGAGAAGAGCAAGGCACCUACCGCUCAUCAAUGUUUCCUCAUCAACAACCGUCUGUAUGGUUGGAUCUUGAAGGAUCGACGGUGGACGAAUCUAAAUGUCGAUUACAUCUCCGAGAUCCUAUCAAACAGGGAAGUGUUCGAUAAUCUCAUUCUGCCAGAAGGAAGAACCGAUAUCAUUAAGGCUCUUGUGCAAUCACAUGUGCAGAGGUCGCCGGAUGAUAAAUCCGGUGACAAGACAUAUGAGCUGUACUCGGCCGAUGCCAUCCGAGGGAAAGGGCAAGGCCUUCUGGUUCUCUUACAUGGUGCUCCAGGCACGGGAAAGACUAGUACUGCAGAGUGCGUUGCUGAGUACACAAUGAGGCCAUUGUUUCCCAUCACCUGCGGGGAUAUCGGAAUCGACCCAAGCGAGCUGGAGAAGAAUCUUCAACAGAACUUCCGGCUCGCCCAUCACUGGAAUGCUAUCUUGCUCCUCGACGAGGCGGAUGUCUUUUUGCAACGACGAGAACUAGAUGACCUCGCAAGGAACAGUCUAGUAUCUGUAUUUCUGCGGAUCCUAGAGUACUACAAAGGCAUCCUAUUCCUUACGACGAACCGUGUGGGUACGUUCGACGAAGCAUUCACCUCACGGAUCCACGCCAUCGUCUACUACCCACCUCUCGGCGAAAACGACCGCGUUAGGAUCUGGGAGAACCACAUCAAGCGCUUCGAAAAGGCACGACAAGACUUCCGUGUGGCCAGUAAUGCCACAAGGUACAUCCAUUCGGACGAACUGCGAAAGCUGGAAUUCAACGGACGCCAGAUCCGAAACUUGUUCCAGACGGCGGUCAGCUUGGCGUUAUACGAGGCCCGUGGUGACGAUGAGCGCCCGCGGCUGCAGGCAGACCAUUUGAAGCGUGUGGUCAGGCUAUCACUCGACUUCCAGAAGUACCUGGAGAAGACACGGGCGUCGGAUAGUCUCAUCGCCAAAGAGGACAUGAUCCGACGAGAUGAUUAUGGGCAGCGGAGGAGAAGAAGGUCUAAAAAGGGGAUGAAGAAGCACGUGGUGGUGGAAUCCGAGUCCGAAUCCGAGUCCGAAUCCGAGUCCGAAUCCAGUUCAGAAUCCGAGGAAAGUGAGGAAGAGGAACAGAGGCCGGCUAAGAAGAAGGGGAAGAAGAGGAAGGAUAAGAAGAAGAAGAAGAAGAAGAAGGCAGAGUCGGGUGAAAGUACUGGCGAGGACAAGCCGGCGCCAAAGAGCAAGGCAAAGCCUAAGCAGAAAAAGAAGCACGAGGUGGUUGAGAACGACGAUAGCAUUGACUCGUCUUUGAGGGGGUCGAAAAGUAAGGGAAAGUCCAAGGAGAAAAAGGAGCAGGAGGAGGACGACGAUAGCAUUGACUCGUCUUUGAAGGAGUCGAAAAGUAAGGGAAAGUCCAAGGAGAAAAAGGAGAAAAAGGAGCAGGAGGAUUACGACAAUGGCAUUGACUCGUCUUCGAGGUGGACGUAAAUCAAGGGAAAGUCCAAGGAAUAAAAGGAGCAGGAGGACGACGAUGGAGGGUCUUCGGCGGAGGCGAGUGAUGUUAGCCCGUGAGCGUGGCUGUGGGGGAGGAGUGUACAGGGGAUACUGGGCAAUGUACAAGGACAUAUCUCUAUCUCUAUUGAUUGCUUUUGAACCGGUGCCCCGCACUUCGUACCUGCUAGUAUUCACCUUGCGCAUUGGACCUGUGGGGGAUUUUGUGGACGAAGAGCGGCAAAAUCGAGGACCGGAAGCUUGAACUGUUUGCCGGGACGAAAUAGAAAGUUGUGUCCUGGUCUUUGCACUUAGGUAGGUACACGACUUCUUCAGAAGUACAGAUGUCGGCAUAUAUUUCGACCCAUCACGAUCGCGAGUAAUCAGCACUGGGUGCAGGGAGCUGGUGA